AUGAUCAUCCCCGAGAUCUGUUCUAGAGCCAACUCAACUCCCCUCCCUGCCGACAUUCUUCCCAUCAUCCUGGUCUUCUCCUCCAUAGGGGGCCUCAUCCUCCUCGCCUCCGUGAUCCUCGUGGUCCUACGCUUGCGCAACGAACUGCACCUGGACACCAGCACAUGCCAGGAGUCGUGGAUCAACGAACCAGGCAUCACCUACAACGAGUACGAAAGACGCUGCCGCCUCGUUUCCAAACGCCUGUCCGUCGAGGAAUCCCAGCGCAUCCGCAUAAUCCGCAAGUCGCAACAGCGCCGCCUAGACGCCUUGUCGCAGCCUCCCUCAAGCACUUAUCACGGCAACAGGAACGUCAAGACUGUAGAGAAGGGCCCCCAAGAGAACAUCACGAUAGCGGAUGAAAAGUACGUGAGCUGGGAGCUUGCGCAGGCGAAUGUGGAGCGGACGUGGCGACUUCAUCAUGACAGAGGCUCGCGGCUCCAUCAGAAGAGCACCAGUGCAACCAUUCCAGAACAAAUCAACGGCACCGGCAAUGACAGUGGCGAUGGCGAUAUAUCCCAGCGCCCACCGAGUGUGAGGCUCAAGACGCCACCGUUGCUCUCACACCCGCUGUUUAGAGAUGGCAACGAGCGGUUCCGGUCACGACACUUGAGCUUGCCGACAGAGCUGACGCGCGCAAAGACCAGUCCUAUGGUUCCUGGCAACAGUGGAAUGUGA